AUGGCGAUCUUUAACCACUUGUUGCUGGCUUCAUGUUUGGUGCCUCUGGUGCUGAGUUACCCUUUCUUCCCACCAACAUGCUACACCAAGGUACUGGGCAUGGCACGGGAGCUCACCCACCGUGCCGCACAUUUGAAGAGGGACCCUGAAACUAGUUUGUGCAUGGCACACAUGCCAGAACUUUACCUUGAUGUCCAUAACGCCUGUGUGAUGUACAAAAUAAGGACCUACAUCUCCCUGGUGGAGGGCCUGCGACAGCGCCGCUGUGCUUACACCAGAGACGUGAGGAAGCUGGGGGUCAAUCUGAGACAGCUCUUCAUCUUCAUGGGGGAGAAGUGUCACGGGGACUUGGUGUUCACGAUCUUUGACUGUGCUGCACUGGAGCGUUAACAUCUGGAUUCUGAAUUCACGUCUGCUGAGACAGAGCAGCAUCACAAUCCUUACAUGUAACGAUUGAGACACAAAGCUGAUAUCAAACUUAAACAUAUGUUGACUAUGGUUCU